CCGUGCAUCCAAGCCCCUCUCCUUCUCUCUCUCUCUCUCUCUCUCUCUUCUCUCAACAAAUUGAAGGAAUUCAAAAGAGAGAGCAAUGGUGAGAGGUUCUCAUCUCCCACCCGUUGCAACUCCAGUUCUAUUUGCUAUUAGACCAUCUCUUUUUCCAUCUCUCAACUUUUUUUCAUCAUCAUCAUUGUUAUCACCAUCUUCUUCUUCUUCAACAACCCUAACUAGACUCUCUUCUACCUUUGCUCCCUCACACUCACGCUUACCCAAUUCCUCCCAUCUUCCCCUUUUCGGCUUCAACCGUGUCCCACCUAUGGUGGGUCAUCUCUCUCCCAAAGCCACAGCUUCAUUUAGUGGUGAGAGCACCUCUGGAGGUGGUAAGGAAAUACUUGUGCAGCAUUUGCUUGUUAAAGAAGAUGACCUGAAGCUUUUGGUGGAACUUCAGAAAAAAAUUUCAGAAGGAGAGGAUCUUAGUGACUUGGCUGUAGAAUACUCAAUUUGUCCAUCAAAAGAGGAGGGUGGAAUGCUUGGUUGGGUGAGAAAGGGUCAAAUGGUACCAGAGUUUGAGGAGGCUGCUUUUAAUGCAUCUGUAAAUAAAGUUGUGAGAUGUAAAACUAAAUUUGGAUGGCAUUUAUUGCAAGUUCUUUCUGAGAGGGAAGAAUCUGUACUUCAAGACAUUCAGCCUGAUGAACUGCAUGGAAAAAUGCAAGAUCCAUGUUUCAUUGAAGCGGCUCAAUUGAUAGAUGUUCGAGAACCUGAUGAAGUGGCUCAGGCAUCUUUGCCAGGUUUUCAUGUUCUUCCUCUCCGUCAAUUUGGAAGCUGGGGACCAGAAAUUACUACCAAGUUUGAUCCCCAGAAAGAUACUUAUGUCCUGUGUCAUCAUGGCACGCGGUCAUUACAAGUUGCCAAGUGGUUGCAGACACAGGGUUUUUCAAGAGUAUUCAAUGUGUCGGGGGGAAUUCAUGCGUAUGCUGUGAAGGCUGAUCCAUCAAUUCCAACUUACUGAGCAAUGAGUAUUUCUUUCACCAACGGAGUGUGGCCUUCUGUUUUCUGAUUUCUUCUCCAGCCUAAAAUUUUCUACUGUGUUGGCUCUACAUUGUUCAAAGUCCUCUUUGAUUUUUAUCAAAUAAUUGAGAAACAAAUCCGAGUGUUGGUGCGCGUAAACUGUUGCAUGGAAAGGAAAAGAUUCCAUUUUAUUAUAAAAGUUUGGAGGCGUGAAUAGUUAGUAUUAACUUUGCUUUAAAUUUUGAAAUGAGAAAGUGGUGUUUUCCUUGUUUUGGUUUUA